AUGGUCCCCUCCUCGAAUGGCAUUGUCCAAGAAUACUGGGAGCCGCUCAAUCAAAACGGAGAUCGCCACAAUGCGAAUCUUCUGGCGAAAGUAAAACAACAAAUAUGGGAAAAUGGUAUUGUUAAGCCAAAAGGAACAACGGUUUCCUGGCACUCAAAUCCAGAUAUCGAGAAGCACCACUUUGGGCAUUCUCAUCCUAUGAAGCCCUGGCGUCUAACUCUGGCAAAGAGCCUGGUCAUGUCAUAUGGGAUGCAUGCCGCAAUGGAUACCUAUGUCUCGCGCCAGGCCACCAGAGAAGAAUUGGAAGACUUUCAUAGCGAAGAUUACCUGGACUAUCUCAAGACAGCCAAGGUAGUCUUGCCAGAUGAUGACACACCAAAAGAUUUCAGUCUUGGUGGGACGGAUUGCCCAAUUUUCGAAGGGCUUUUCAAUUACUGCUCCAUGUACGCGGGGGCCUCAAUCGAUGCAGCUCGUAAACUCUGUAACUGGGAAUCAGACAUUGCCAUCAACUGGUCUGGCGGAUUGCACCAUGCUAAGAAAGCCGAGGCCUCGGGCUUUUGCUACGUGAAUGAUAUCACCCUUGCCAUAUUGCAGUUACUUCGGACAUUUCAGAGGGUCCUGUAUAUCGAUAUCGAUCUUCAUCACGGGGAUGGUGUGGAAGAAGCUUUCUGGUCUACCGAUCGGGUCAUGACACUUUCGAUUCACAAAUACGAGGGAAUGAAUUUCUUUCCGGGCACUGGUGACCUUGACCGGACUGGUCCAACCGAUGAACGCAACCCAGGUGCUCAUCACGCGGUCAAUGUCCCUCUUCUGGACGGUAUCAAUGACGAACAAUACAUCUACCUCUUCAAAACCGUUGUUCAGGAGUGUAUGGACAGGUUCCAACCCGAGGCAAUUGUCCUUCAGUGCGGUGCCGACUCACUGGCAGGUGAUCGUCUAGGCCGGUUCAACGUUCAAGUCGAGGGCCAUGGAGAAUGUAUUAAAUUUUGUAAGGCCAAAAAGGUUCCACUCUUGCUGGUUGGUGGGGGCGGCUACACUCCAAGGAAUGUAGCAAGAGCGUGGACAAACGAAACCAGCAUUGCCAUUGAAUGUGGGCUGAACCCCAUUAUACCUUUACAUACACCUUACCGAUCUCACUUCCGCCACGAGACAAUAUUCCCUACGCUUGACCAGGUCCUUGGAGAUCCUCGUCCCAACAAGAACACCGAGAAGAAGAUCCGAGACAUCAUAAACUCGAUCAAGGAACAACUCCAGUUUGUUGGAAUCGCUCCGAGCGUGCAACUCCAGAACAUACCACCCGAUCUGUGUGGGAUGAAAGAAUCUAAGGACGACGAGAUCAGAGAGGAGCAUGAGAGGCGCGAAAGACAAGAGCAUGAGAACUUCAGGCGCGAGCAGGAAGAGGGCUUAGGCGUCCCCAUGGAGUUCUGA